AAAUAAACCACACAGGCAAGCAAAGGGCUUGUAAUGAAACUGAGCAGCAAAAACGCAACUACCACUACGAUUACAAUGUGUAGCAUACAUGUUAAACGGUAAUUUACCCCACAGAUCAGUAAACUGAUGUCAUCAGACCAACCAGCCAUUGUGACGCCAUGAAUCUAAGAGGACUCUUUCAGGACUUCAAUCCCAGUAAGUUCCUGAUCUACUCCUGUCUGCUGCUCUUCUCCGUCUUGCUCUCCUUGAGACUGGAUGGAGUCAUCCAGUGGAGCUACUGGGCCGUGUUCACCCCAAUAUGGCUGUGGAAGCUGCUGGUCAUCAUCGGGGCUUCUGUGGGCACUGGAGUCUGGGCCCACAACCCCCAGUACAGGGCUGAAGGGGAGACCUGUGUGGAGUUCAAAGCCAUGCUCAUUGCAGUUGGACUCCAUGUGCUGUUGCUGAUGUUUGAGGUGUUGGUCUGCGACCGCGUGGAGAGGGGCACCUACUACUGUCUUCUUGUCUUCAUGCCUCUCUUCUUCGUAUCGCCAGUGUCUGUAGCAGCCUGUGUCUGGGGAUUUCGACACGACCGUUCCCUCGAGCUGGAGGUGUUGUGUUCAGUUAACAUUCUCCAGUUCAUCUUUAUUGCUUUGAAGCUGGAUGGGAUCAUCAGCUGGCUUUGGCUGGUGGUGUGUGUCCCACUUUGGAUCCUGAUGUCCUUCCUGUGCCUUGUUGUCCUCUACUACAUUAUCUGGUCUGUCCUUUUCCUCCGCUCCAUUGACAUCAUUGCAGAACAACGGCGAACACACAUUACCAUGGCAAUCAGCUGGAUGACCAUUGUUGUACCCCUUCUCAUCUUUGAAAUCCUGCUGGUACACAAGCUGGAUGGCCACAGUUACACGGUCAGUCUGAGCUAUGUGUGCGUGUUCGUGCCCCUGUGGCUCUCUCUGCUCACACUCAUGGCCACCACCUUUGGCCAGAAGGGAGGAAACCACUGGUGGUUCGGCAUUCGUAAGGACUUCUGUCACUUUCUGCUGGAGCUCCUCCCUUUCCUGCGAGAGUACGGCAACGUGUCCUACGACCUGCAGCGCAGCGAGGACCUUGAGGCAGCUGAGGAUCUGCCUGCUCCAGAGCCUCCACCAAAGAUUGCCCCCGUGUUCCAUAAGAAGACUGGUGUGGUGAUAACACAGAGCCCCGGGAAGUACUUUGUCCCACCGCCCAAACUCUGCAUCGACAUGCCGGAUUAACUUUAUAUAUGGGCCGAUAAGCUGGUUAGAUAACCCAUAAGACUGAAACAGCAGAGGAUGCUGCAUUUAGGUUUACUCUUCUGACAUGAAAAACUUGUGAACUCUACCAGAGUAGCAGAGUACUCAUUAGUGCCAGUCUGGUGGGGACUAACGGAUGCAGAAUCCUCACAUUGCUUUCUCUGACUGUUUUGAAGUAAAGACCCCCUUGCUGAGUUCUCUUGAGGUGAAAAUUAUUGAACUGGUAGUUUUCACCUCUAAAUUUUCACUGUGUUCCUUAUUGUUUUUUUUCUUCCAUUUUAAAAAUGCACAUUUUAAGAAAACUGACAGUGGAAGUGUGUCUAAUUCACUUCUCACCUAAACUCUUUUUCUGACAUGAUUGAGACACAGACUCAGCUAAAGAUGACUCUUGUCUUGCUUUGGGAUGGGGACCAUUUAAAGAGACUGUAGAUUAAAACAGGGAUUGUUUUACA